AUGUCUAUUCCAAGAACGGCAGCUCAUACCGAUAAGGCACCCCAGCCUUACGGGGGCCUCUAUUCGCAAGCAGUCAUCGCUAAUGGAGUUGUGUACUGCUCUGGAAUCGUUGCGAUUGACCCUGAAACAGGGAAGUUGAUUGACGGAGAUGUCAAGGCUCAUACGGAACGUAUCCUCCAGAGCCUCUCCAGUACUCUACAGUCUGCCGGCACUAGUCUCAACCAAGCUGUCAAGAUUAAUGUUUACCUCGCCAACAUGGAUGAUUUCGCAGCCAUGAAUUCGGUUUACGAGAAAUAUUUCGUGGAUGAAGUGAAACCCUGCAGAACCUGUGUGGCUGUUAAGUCGUUGCCUUUUGGCACCGAUGUUGAGAUGGAAUGUAUUGCAGUUCUGUAA